CUAUGAGUGAAGCGGACAGAAAGAGGACGGACGCAUUCAAGAUAACAAGAUAAACGGGCAGACCAGCUAGACAACAGAAUCUGAUCAAGAUGAUGAUGAUGAUAAAAAACCCCGUCACUCUGCUGACUUUAGCUUUGCUUUUGUCAUCUCUUACUGUCCUGGCAUAUCAAGGCGGCUUUGGUCCGAACGAGUGCUGUUUUGACUUUAUCUCCACACGGCUGCGUAAGGACAGGGUGUUGAACUUCACAUACACAGACAAGCGGUGUUCAAUGGAGGGCGUGCUCUUUAAGAUGAUGAACGGUGCUGAAAUCUGCGCCGACCCGACUGCGCAUUGGGUCAAGACUCUCAUCAAGGCCAAAGAGAAAGUCAAGACCAACUGACCCAAUUUGUGUUUUAACGCCACACUUAAAAGCUCAUGGAGCUGACCAGAAGCAAUGGUGUAAUGAUAAUCUAUCUUCACAGCUUUCUUUUUCUAUACACAAUUUUUUUACUGUACACUCAAAAGCAAAAUAACUCCUCAAAUGGCUGCUUUUUUAUCACCUGUUCUUUUGUCAGUUUUAACGUGGUUUCAGGUGAUGUAUCAAAGGAUUGUUUUCUGACAUAAUGAUUAAAAAAAUGCAUAUUAUACAA